AUGCUGGGACCAAUACUGUUUAAUGUUUUCAUCAGUGGUACAGACAGUGGGAUCCAGUCCACCCUCAGCAAGUCUGCAGAUGACACCAACCUGAGUGGUGAGGUCGACAUUCCAGAGAGCAUCCAGAGGGGCCUGGACAAGAUGGAGAAGUGGGCCCAUGUGAACCUCAUGAGGUCCAACAAGGCCAAGUCCAAGGUCCGGCACCGGGGUAGGGGCAAUACUCAGUAUCAAUACAGGCUGGGGGAUAAUGUCAUAGAAAGUAGCCCUGUAGACAAGGACUUGGGGAUACCAGUGGGUGAAAAGCAGGACAUGAGCCAACAGUGUGCGUUUGCAGCCCAGAAGGCCAAUAGCGUCAAAUGCAUUCCUAAUGUAACUGAAAUUGAAUGUUUGCAAGUAAUUGUGCAGGUGCUUGUGAGGUCACUAGUGGCUGAGGAGCUCAUAGGGCAGGAGCAGGCAGGUGUGAGCAGCCAUGAAGGUGGCUGGUUAGAUGGGGAAAUGGCUGAGCAGCAGAAUGUUCCUGCCAUCCUGGGAGCUUACGGGAUAAAGAAGAAGGAAGAAAAGGAAGCAGAGGCCCAAGCUGCACUGGAAGCUAAUGCUGAAGGGAGUCUGACACGCCCCAAGAAGGCAAUCCCUCCUGGUUGUGGGGAUGAGGAGGAGGAGGAGGAAGAGAGUAUUCUAGACACAGUCAUCAAAUACCUGCCAGGGCCCCUUCAGGACAUAUUCAAGAAGUAA